AUGAAGGGAAUACAAGUGUCACAAUAUGUCAAGAAACUUGACGAUCUGAAAGUCACCACACUUCCAGACCCCGUGCCGGGCCCCAAUGAGUACCUGAUCAAGGUCGAGGCGGCCGCCACCAACUUCUUCGACAUCCUGCAGGUCCAGGGCAAAUACCAGCACCAGCCGCCCUUUCCCUGGACUGCCGGAAUGGAAUUCGCCGGCACGGUCCUCUCCACGCCGUCCGCCAGCUCCAACCCCAAGUACCCGGUGGGCGCGCGCGUGUUCGGCGCGGCGCAGGGCGCCUACGCCACGCGGGCGACGGCGGGCGAGGCGGCGCUGCAACCGCAGCCCAAGGGGUGGACGUCGACCGAGGCUGCGGGGCUGUUCGUGACGGCGCCGACGAGCUACGGGGCGCUGGUGGUGCGGGCGGGCGUCAAGAAGGGCGACUGGGUGCUUGUGCACGCGGCGGCGGGCGGGGUUGGGCUCGCGGCGGUGCAGGUCGCCAAGGCAUUUGGGGCGACGGUGAUCGCGACUGCGGGCACGAAGCGCAAGCUCGAGGUCGCGAGGCAGUUCGGCGCCGACCACGUUGUCGACUACAGGGAUGAGAAGUGGCCUGAGGCCGUGAAGAAGCUCACGCCCAGGGGCCGCGGGGUGGAUAUUGUCUACGACCCGGUGGGCAUGGUGGACAAGAGCACCAAGUGCAUCGCUUGGAACGGGCGGAUUCUGGUGAUUGGGUUCGCGGCAGGGGCGAUCGAGAAGGUGGCCAUGAACAAGGUGCUGCUCAAGAACAUCUCGAUCGUGGGGAUCCACUGGGGCAUGUAUGCGAAGAUGGAGACGGAGACGGAGGUGAGGGUGUGGAAGGAGAUCCUGCAGCUGAUCGAGGACGGCAAGUUCAGGGGCACCGAGUUCACGGACAAGGAGUUUGUGGGCCUCGAGAGCAUACCCGAGGCCCUCAAGGCUCUAGGAAGCAGAGAGACCUGGGGCAAGGUCGUGGUCAAGGUGCCCCAGGACGGCCAGGCGAAGCUGUAA